GGUGUCCUUUUUGUUUUCAAUCUAGUUGCGGAAGUCUGUCUUGGACCAGUGCCAGCUUUAUCUGAGGUUCUUGAUUUUUCGGUGGAACCUCUAUCUCUAAGAGAAGCAGGGAAAGAGCAAUGUGCUUGUCCCCUUCAGUUUCGACUGACACUACUGCGAUAUGCCGACGAGAAUGAUGUACCUUCAGAGGAUGUAGAUCGUACAGUUUGUCCGCUGGUGUUGGAAACAUUAGUUUUCCCCAGUUUCGAGCGUGUAAACCAAACACCGGUUACCACCACAGCUUGGCUUCUUUCUGGUACAGAUUUAGUCCUAUCAAAAGCCACAAAAGACUGCGAUUCAACCGGAACCUGUCUACAAGUUUUGUUUGCGGAGUAUCUCCGAUCAGUAAAUUCCGGCGUAGAUUCAACUGACGAUUCACGUUCUUUUGUUCGCAUUCGAUCCCUUCAGGCUGUGGAUGCCAUCCGAGGUGUUCAUCGCUUACUCAAAGAAUUUCGGUUCACAGAAGCCCGACGGUUGAUGAAUGAACACAAAUUGUCCUCUGAUUGCCUUUGGUCCCGGAUCGAUCUUAUUGAGCGCCUUCUGGAUGUGUGUAUGCCAACCUCUUCUAUGCAGAUGAAACUACUCCUGUUGCUUAAAGAUAAGGUGUUGCGGUACCGCGUGUCAGACCACAACUACCUUCGCCAUGUGUAUGCGGAACAUCCUUGGUGUCGUUGUCUGCUUUCUACAGAUCUAUUCAACUUUGAAGCGACUGAAAUCGUUCCUACUGUUGACUGGACCCAAUGGCUUCAGGUAUAG